CCUGGUAAUCAUGUAAUUAAGCUGCCAUGUAAUAUUUUACCUGCUUUUCUAUUUGUCUUCAGGAAAUUAAUUCAUAGCAAAUACUUCAUUAACUAAUGAUUCAGUAAUACAUGUUGAUAAUGCAAUUACAAUUUUAGGUGCAAUUGUGGAUCAUGCACACCCAUGCCCACAGCAUUAGAAAGCAAAUGCUGCUCUGAAAUUCCACAGAUUGUCGAGAAAAUUGAGUCUUAUAGUGAUGAUUUAACCUGCAUUACAAGACAUCCUGGAUUCCAGACUGUUUGUCUAGACGUCUUUGUCCUGGAGACUGCAUACUACCAGUAUCGUUCUCAGUAUGGAGAUAUACAGAACAGCAUGAAUGAGAGAAACAGAUAUACCGCAUAUCGUCAACUAGCUCGUUGGUGUUGGGGCUACUUAGGAAAGAGUGUUCGAGUUCCCCUCCCCUCCUGUGCAGUAACAAAGAUCCGUGAGACAUUCAGCUCAGAGGAGUAUCACGGAUAUCAAGACCCAGAAUGA